AUCCCUUCACCAACAACAACAUCAAAUCAAAUCCACAACAAACCCACACAACAUAGACCUAAAGCACUAUGGCUUCUUUACAAAUUUCAUCUUUGCUUUCUAACACCUUUUGUUCAACAUCAUCAUCAAGAAUAAAAUCUUUUAUCCACAUCCCAAAAAAACUCCCUAUACCUUUUUCCACCGCUCCAAACCCAAAACCAAGUAGAAAGCUGUUUGAGGAAUUAAACGGUUUCUCACACACAAUCCCAAUACUCCAAGACAACUCAUGCAACAACAACACAACCUCAAAUGCUACCAUUAAACUCUACGCAAUUGUAGAAGCUGUAGCAGAUAGAGUGGAGAUGCAUCACAACAUAGGUGAGCAACGUGACAACUGGAACACCCUUCUCUUAAAUUCCAUCAACAUGCUCACUCUCACCGCAGCCGCCAUGGCCGGUGUCGCCGCCACCAUCGCCACCGGUGACGCGCCACUUCUGGCUCUAAAACUAUCCUCCACGCUCUUGUUCUCUGCCUCCACGGGGAUGCUGAUGGUGAUGAACAAAAUACAGCCUUCACAACUGGCCGAGGAACAAAGAAACGCUACGAGGUUGUUCAAGCAGCUCAAGUCCCACAUCGAAACAAUACUAGCCAUUGGAAACCCUACCGAGGAAGAUGUCAAGGACUCAAUGGAAAAAGUUUUGGCACUUGACAAAGCCUACCCACUUCCUUUGUUAGGAGCCAUGAUUGAAAAAUUCCCCAAAAAAUUUGAACCAGCAAUGUGGUGGCCUUCAAAGAGAAACAACUCCAAAUACCAUGAAACAAACAAACAACAUGGUAUGAACAAUGGUUGGAAUGAAGGGUUAGAAAUUGAACUUAGAGAUGUUUUGAAAGUGGUGAAGGAAAAUGACAUGAAGGACUACGAGAGGCUAGGGAACUUGGUGUUGAAGAUAAACAAGAGUUUGGCCAUUGCUGGGCCUUUAUUCACUGGCGUUGCGGCUGUGGGAUCUGCAUGUUUGAGCCAAGAUUCAUCAUGGGGAGCUAUAGUGGCGGUUUUGGGAGGGGCAUUAGCGACCACUGUUAAUGCUUUUGAGCAUGGCGGACAAGUGGGGAUGGUGUCCGAAAUGUACAGAAACUGUGGUGGAUUCUUCCAACUGCUAGAGAAUUCGAUCCAAGAGACUAUGGAGGAAGAUGAAGAACAAAGGGAAAAUGGGGAGUUGUUUGAAAUGAAGUUGGCGUUGAAAUUGGGAAGAAGUUUGUCACAACUCAGAGAUCUUGCAAGAAAAUCGGCUUAUUCUCGGGUAGAGGGAACAACCACCGAUGAAUUUGCUAGCAAGCUCUUCUAAUUUAAUUUAAUUUUUUUUUGUAAUCUAAUUAGCUAACAAUUAAUCAAUUCUUUGAUUCAAUUCUACUUUUUGCUGUUCUUUU